AGGCUGAUACGUAUCAUUUGUAACUGAGUUUAACUAUAUGUUUUUGUCAGUCGUUGUUUUGUACACUAUACUCUUAUAGUAAAAACUCGGCUUGGGACUUUUUGAUUGUUGUUGAAGAAGCCUGUCGGUGUUCAACGUACGUGUGCGUGAAGUCACUGUCCCAUCCUGCUGCUUUAGUCCCAGACUUAAACUGCAGGAUGUAGCUGAAGAAACUUCAAGAUUGGGAACUGUAGUAGCCACAUCUUGGUGCAGAGAACAACAUAAUACUAUAUGCAGGUCAUGCAUGAGAAAAAGCAAGCUCAGCCAGAGGGGUGGAAAAGUCCUUUAGCAAAAGUACUACAGAAAAUGCUGCUGUUCCUAUCCCUGCUGUUCAUCUGUGGGACAAUAGAGGGCGACACCUCACCAAUCACCUGCUACAACGACCAAGGAGAUGUCGUUGAUUGGUUCUACAUGUACAAGCUGCCUAAAGGACAUGACAAAAAACAUCCCCAUGAGGGUGAGAUGUAUUUACUGCUGGACAAAGGGAGUGAAGGAUGGACCAAUGGGAAGGGGACAGUGAACGACACCACGGGUGCUCUGGGCCGGACAGUCGGACAACUGUACUCACAAGGAAAGAACACAGAGGUAGCAUACAUCCUAUACAAUGACCAGAGGCCACUCAAGGACCUUGGUGACAGAUGGGUUGACAACAGUGGAAGUGGAGGACACACAAAAGGUGUUGUCCUGCUGGAUAAGAAUCAGGGCUUCUGGUUGGUCCACAGCACCCCUAAUUUCCCCCCUGUACGACGGGCAGGACAGUAUUAUUACCCCGGCAGCGGAGAGCUGUACGGACAAAACUUUAUCUGCGUUACCUACCCGCUCGACCGCUUCCAGACCAUCGGAGAGCAGCUUCAGAUCAAUCAGCCUAAUGUGUACGACUGCGACGUCCCCGAGUCCUUGGCGUCCCUGGUGCCCGCACUGGCUGCUAUCUGUGCGAAAAAACAUCUGUCUGCUCACAUCUUUCCACAUAUCAAACCUGUAUCCAAUCGCAGCGUGACUCUGACCUCAAAGGGUGGCACCAACUUCAUCAGCUUUGCCAAAGGAGCCUCUUUUAACAACGACCUGUACCACUCCUGGGUGGCCCCCAGCCUCCAGUCAGACCUCCUGGUCCAGUUCUGGAUUCGCUCCACGGGCAUCCUCCCCUCCGACUGCUCGCUGGGCUGGAAGGUUCUGGACAUCACGCUCCUCAACCCGGGGCAGACAUUCACCUUUAAGACCAGCCAGGACCACUCCAAGUGGGCUGUCAGCCCCAAGGCGGCCGGGUCCGGGCCCGGAGGAGGCUGGGUGUGUGUGGGAGACAUAAACCGGAACCAUGCGGAGGAGAAGAGAGGCGGUGGCACGGUGUGUCUACAGGACCCGGUGGUGUGGAAGGCUUACCGGACGGCGGUGCUAGAGUGUCAGGCUUGCGGAGGAGGAACGGGCCAGUGCUGACAACCUGCUGGAGUCCAACGGGUUAACUGGGGCCAUAAUGGGAUGAUACGGCUGACAUAAUAUGUGGCAUGUGGGUUUUUUAAGGCAAAUGUUUGCACAUAUUUGGUACAAUGUGUGUUUCUUUUAAUGUUCGAUGAAAUCAAAAUGAAAUCAUUCAAGUUUAAAUUCGUGAUUUUCUUCUGCAAUUGUGCACUUUCGUGAUCGUUUUGAUUCUUCGCAAUAAUUUCUAAAGGUUCCCUGUAGAGUUUUUAAACUCUAUUAGUGUUAUGGAGCAAUGUUUUCAUGUGUAGGUUUGUCUGCACGAGGAUUCACGUGAUGCAAUUACACAUUCCAGCCACUGAAUUAAGAAUAGGUUGCUUUAAAGCCCCUGAAAAUGUAGCUUCAAAUCUUAAUUCAGUAAUUAAGUCAGGACUGUGGGUGUGGUUUGAUCAGAUUUGAUUGACAGCUACCAAACAAACCUCUGUCAUCAGAUUCUGAUUCAAAUGUUCCUAUAUCUUGAUCGGGGCAUGGACGUAUGGGAAAAGCCCCGCCCAUUUCAAACCAUUACGAAAAGCACAGAUAAAAGAAGAGUUAAAACUGAUAAUGUUGUGUGCAUGUUGGACCCCAUCACUCACAAGAACAGGCUGAUUGAGGAAAUAAGUUUUUAAGGCACAAAAAACAUUUUACUUGUUCAGAAUGAUUAUCAACUGUUAUUAAGGGCUGUUACAUCCUCCUCUUCAAACUAAAGGCAUACAGGACAAUGCUGGAGGAGGACAAGUAUUCACAUCUUCUUGGAAAUAUGGUUUUGAAAAACACAAAAUCCUCAAAGUGCCACUUGAAAUGAAAGCGUUUUGAUCAAGUGUCUUAAACACAGCUAGAACACAUGCUAUGAGCUCUUUUAAUUGAAACUGAGGAGAUAAUAUUGCAGGCUGUAUUUAGGUGCUGAUUGGACUCUUUUUCUUUAAAUCAACAUACGCUGGUUUGUGGGAAUGUUCUCAGGAAGCGUGUCAAGCUCUGCUGGUUGGAAAAGUAUUUUAUGGAAUUUUAAAUGUAUGAACAAUGUGGGAUUAAUUGCACUAUUUAACAUUCAGCACAACACACACACACACAUUUCACUGACAGAGUUAAACUACAGGCACUGACAACAUUCAGCUGAGAGGAAUGCUUUAAUACUUAGUGUGUGAUGAAUGCUUGUGUUAUUAACUGGGUUGGUAUGAGUGUUUAUGAAUUUCUAAUGUGCUUUUCUGACAUAUGAUAUUUGCUAUAGAUUGCUAUCGUCUCAUUUCAACAUACAUUCCUUGAUUUCUCUUAAAGAUGAAGAUGCUGGCUAUCUUGAAUCCGAAUAAAAAAACUAAAACAGG